UUGUCUCGUCUCUUUUAUAGGCUUUCUAGCAGUACUAUUACGUUCAAUCCGCAGACGACAGUAGACCAAGCUAUCGUCAUUAGCCCCGAUGAUAAAGCUAAUGCUGCUUCUGAAAAGGUGCUUUGGCCAAAACAUGGAUACAAUGAGCAGGCAGUCGCAGUAGAGGAAUUAUCUUAUCAAGAUCUAGCAACAUGCAAGGAUGCAGAGCUAGCUAAGAGAGGAAGUCUACUUAGUCCUGCAGAAUAUUUGGUUGGCCAGGUUCUGAUUAAUACUCAUCUAUCUCAACGACUUGCCAUGCAGCGCUUUCUCGCAGGCCUCCUUUUGGCCAGCUGGCCAUCCUCCGAAUCGCCAAAGUUGCGCUCUGCCUUAUCCAGUGAAUUUCAUUCCUCUUGCUCUUCUCCACUUGGGCCAUCCUUUCUCAAUUUGACCCUCAAGUCAACUCUGGCUAGUUUUAUUAAUAUUGGUCCUAGUCCGGCAUCGGUGGAAGCUAGAAAUAACUGCGUUACCUCCCAGGCGGAUGCAGUAAGACAAGAAACGCAGAACAUUGAAUGCUCUAAUGGUCCAAAAGAGCUCGUAAAUGGAUUUCAUUUAGAUCGUUUGCUAACAACUGGCAUUCGUAGAAGAUUGAGCGAAUGUCUAGUUGAGAUGAUCUAUUAUGAAGAAAUAUUGGGUACGCUACCAAACUUUAGAAUUUAG